AAUCCGUAGUGACCGACCGUAGUGUUGGUAACACUGUGUUACUUUUAUUGGUGUUGCAGACGUGUUUGACGUAUAUGGCUUAUGAUGUAUAAGUAGUGGGCCUGUUUACAUUUGUGCUUUUGUGGAGUGAAAAGAUAGAAAAAUCCCUUAUAAAUUUAGUAUAGUAUUCUGUAGUACUACUUAUCUGGUUUAUUUUAUUUAUCACGUUGAAUAGGUAGUACUUACCUAAAAAAAAGAAGCAAGCGAGCAAUUGGACUUCAAGUCUUAAAAAAUAAUUAAAUUCAUCUCUGCUCCUUAAUAUUGUAUACUUACACUUAUUAGUAAAACCUAUCGUUAAUUGCGUUGCCAUAACGUAUACAGCCAAAAUCGUUUCCGUGGUGAAGAAUAGAGCUUACGAGCUUGGAACUUCGUUUUGUCAACAAUUUUUGCGAACUUGAAGAAAAUAUAUACCGAAUGCAGGAGAGUCCUUACACUGUCUGCUAUGAUGGAGGCCAAGCACUGCAACAACUUUAUAAGCUACGUCAAUUUAGAGGAACAUGAGAUGCAGAAUUUAUCAUCGGAUCGAUGUAACACACUUUAUCAGAAUAGUAUCAAAUUAUUACCAGGAGAGGCUGUUGUUACCAAGGUCGAAAAUGUCCUUAUGUAUGAGCCAAUUGGCGAGUCCAAACAAGAUAUAUCAGGAAUGCUGUUGAUAACAAACUUUAAGCUCUCUUUUGUUACUAUAGAAGAUAAUAUUGAUGAUAUUCAACAUCAACAAAAUCAUCUCUAUGGAUAUACAGAUACAUGUCUAUCAAAUAUUGAUACAGUUUAUUUAAUCACAGGAGAUAAGAAAAAAAAGCUUGUGCCAGGAGCAGCAGUUCCAUCCAAAGUCAAAGGAAUUUUCAUUGUGUGUAAAAACCUAAGAACGUGGUCGUUUUCAUUCGAAUUUUCUAAAAUUGGAGAUGGAAAGAAUAUCGUUAAUGCUUUGCUCCAUCAUGCGUUUCCUACAAAACAUCAUUUACUUUUUGCUUAUGAAUACACGGAGCCCUAUUUCAGCAGUGUUGACAAAGAAGUUCAGCUGUUUCGUAGCGUCAAUGACUGGCACAAUGAGUUGGACCGAUUGUGUAGUAAAGCUGUAAAUAUAAAAAAAGGCUGGCGGAUAUCAAUGGCGAAUCUGCAAUUCGCAUUUUGUCCUACCUUGUCAGAAUUUAUCGUCGUUCCUGCCUCUGUAACCGAUAGUCAAUUAGUCAAAGUAGCUCAGCACUUUCAGGGCCGUCGGCCGCCAGUUUGGUCCUGGUCUAAUGAGCACGGUGCUGCAUUAGUUAAAAUGUCGGAACUCUGUGCAGACAUUACGGAAAGGACCCAGGAAAACAUAAUGUUAGAAAAUAUUCGUAAGAAUCAUCCGAAAAAAUUACAACCAGUGAUUAUUGAAUUAAGUAAGGAUAUUGGCGUCAAGGCUGUAGCUUCGAGUUUCUCGAAAUUCGUUACUUUGUGUUCUCCUGACAGCGUUAGGCAAUUUGUAAUACAAGAAAAUAAUUUUUAUUCUUCGUUGGAAAGUACCAAGUGGUUAAAGUAUGUGUCAUAUUGUUUAGAAAAAUCUGUUGAGGCUAGUGAACAUUUAAACAAUGGUAUUCCUGUUAUAUUGCAAGAAGGCGCUGGCAGAGACGUUUGUUGUAUUAUUUCAAGUUUGGUUCAACUACUAUUGGACCCACAUUUUAGGACUAUAACGGGAUUCCAAACUUUGAUACAGAAAGAAUGGGUGGCUGCUGGUCAUCCUUUUUGCGACCGUCUGGGUCAUUUAAAAAGUGAUGGUUUAGAAAAGUCACCAUUACUACUUUUGUAUCUGGAUUGCGUUUGGCAAUUGUGUCAGCAGUUCCCCACUGAAUUUGAGUUUACUGAAACGUAUUUGACGACGCUUUGGGAUGCCGCGCACGUCUCGAUAUUCGAAACAUUUAUAUUCAACUGUGAACGAGACCGGUUUAGGGCAGCUAUUGAUCAAAAUACUCGUCUGGUGCUGCGAAGUGUGUGGGAUUGGCGAGAGCAGUUCAGUGACCAGGACAUCCAGCUCUUCCACAAUCCACUUUUCAAUCCGGCUGUAUCUCAAACUUCAACAACGACCUCGACCUCGUCGCGUGCAACUUUUCUCAAACCUCUCUUUGGCAUACCCUGGCUUGAGCUAUGGUCCCAGUGUUAUUUUCGUUGGAUACCUCACUUGGUCAUUAACAACGGUGGCCGCAGUCAGAUCGAGAUGUACGCUCGGCUGCUCCAAAACGAGGUAGUACAGAUGCAACUAGACGUUAACAACACGGGGAGCGCCUCUCCUUCCGUUGAUAAACUUUCUACAUGCCUCCUUCAAAUGAACAUCAACAGCUUCUAUCCGUUCAGCAAUAAAAAAUCGGGCAACACUGUCAGUACACCGAUUAUAAAUACAUCCUUUAUCAUGAGUGAUAGCAUGAUCGAUGCUCAGAGUGUAUUAACAGUUCCAGACUGAUUACAGUAGGGCAAAAAAAGUUGCAGAUCAGACUUGCAGGUACCCUCGUAAAAUAAUUACUUCAGUAACCUGUACUUUCCAAAUGUUCCAGCACAUCGAGAUUUGGUAAUGGUUAUACAACCCCGUCACCUCAAAUCACAUUAAAAAUGAAAAAUGUUGUUUUUCUUGUGAUGCUGAACAAAAUCGGAACUACUAGAGGUGACAGAAUUAUAUAACAUAAUAAACUAAGAUUUUCUUGAGUUAAAUUAUUGGACCAUCCUUUAAACAAUUUUACUUUUCAACCUGAAAUAAUUUCUCAUAAUUUUCUAAAAACUAGUUACAGAGAACUUGGCCUUAAUUUUUCUCAUAUUCAAAACAUUGAAAUGUGUAAUCAUAAGAAUAUGUAAGGUGCCACCGAUUAACUUGCGUAUAAUGUGUCCCUAAACAAACGAGUUGUGUUUAUUUUUAUGCAUUUUUUUGUACACAUAAUAUAAAUAUACAAUUAUAUUUGUAAGCUAUUAUUUACCUCGGUUUCGAUAGUUGUAACAACGAAACAAUAAUUGUUCAUAGGUAUAUAUACAUAUUGUGUAAAUUGUAACGUCGUUUUCCCUUCCAAACUCACGCUUCAUCGUAUCAAUUGUAUAACUUCGUAACGAGUCUAUUAUCCUUUGUAUAAUUUAUUUGUAUUUAUUAUUUGCAAUGAGAGCUUAUAGGAUUAAUGAAUAUAUGAGUACGAGAGUUCAAAUCGUGUUGAAAUUUGAAAAUUUAAUUUUGUCAACUAUUUUUUUAAGAAUAAACGAAUGAAUAAAUACAUUUUUUCAAUAUCAAACUCAUCUUUAUCUUCCAUCUUGUAACUAACUGGCAACAAAGGUAUCAGAAGUUAAGGUGCAUUGAUUUGUUGAUAGCCUAUUUAUAUAUAUUAUACCGUUUGUCGCAUUUUUCGGUGUACUAUAAAAAAGAAUUGCAUGUAUGUAUAUGAGGAAAACCUAUCAGGUAUCAAAGUAUAUUAGCAAUAUUAAUGAACAAAAAAAAAAGAUAAAAAUAAAGAAUUUAAACA